AUGGCUGAAUUAGGAGCAGGUGUCAUUAUUUUAAUCAUUAUUUGGGUUAUCACCUUUGCGUUAUUGACGCUAUUCACAUUCGUUCAAUCGCCUGUCAGAUUCGUUGGUCUAGCUGCAUUAGUGAUCGCAAUCAUCGUAACGCUUGUUUUAACAUUGCUACCACGUGAUACUGGUAGUUCAACAAAAUCUGACAAUGAUACUCCGUAUCGUUAUGAAUCUCUCGCUCGCAUUCUGAUCUUAACAUUUCUUUGUGUAACAUUUCUUGUUGGUGUUGUAAUGAUUUUUUCUUUUGAAGCUAUGCGUAUUAUCAAAAUUUGUAUUGCAGUACAAACGAUGUCACGAGGACAAGACGAAGCGAUUACAGUAUUUCUGGGAGAUUUAUCCCGUGAUGCAACUAAAGAAGAAGUGGAGAAAGCAUUUGGUCAUUACGGUAAAUUACGUAGUGUUUGGCUUUCACGAAGUCCAUGGGGUUAUGGUUUUAUUGACUUUGAAGAUCAGCGUGAUGCGGCCGAUGCUGUAAAAGCUCUCGAUGGAAAAAUGCUGUGUGGAUCACGUGUGCGUGUAGAGUUUUCUCAUGGUCGUGGCCGAUCACAUCGUGGCGGCGGUGAUAGUCGCCGACGUCGUUCGGGAAGUCGAUCACCACGAUCAAAGAAGCCUUAUAGUCCACACGAUGUUUGCUAUGAAUGUGGAGAUCGUGGUCAUUAUGCAUACGAUUGUGAAAUUCGAUUAAGACGCCAGCGUCGUAUGAGGUCGAGCUCACGAAGCCGAAGUCGAAGUACGAAACGGACAGGCAAUGGUUAUUCGUCCAAACGUCGUGAUAGAAGCCGUAGUCGCUCGGAAAGUAGCCGAUCAUCACACGGGCGUCGUCGUUCACAUAGCCGUUCACGUUCUGGAUCAGAUAGUCCAGUUCGCAGAAAGAAAAGUCGUUCACAAACAAAGUCCCGUUCAAAAUCUCCACCUUCAAAAACAAAAAAAUAA